CCUCAGCACCGUGAUGCUGCUUUUACUCCUGGAGGGCGGUGCGCAGGGAGAGCUACGUGUUGCUGCGCAGCAACAGAUAGAAAGAAGAGAGAGAAAGAGAGAGAGGGAGGAAUUCCCUCGCACAAACAAAAGCAGCUGCCAGGGCGUGUAUCAGUUCCUAUGGCUCCCAGAAUUCACUGUAAUGAACGUGGCGGAUACCUGUAACUGAUGGAGGCGUAAAAACCUGCUGGAUGUCAGGAUGUAAGAGUGAGCGGCUACAUCAAGCCUCCGGUAUAUUUAAGGAAGGAACGUCAAUUAAAUCUCUGUCUGGAGGCAACAUUACAUUUGACAUCGCGCCGACACCCUUUGGAAACAUUUUCCUCCUCUUCUGCUUGGAAACCUGAUAGAGACGCGCCUGUCUGGAAACAAGGGGACAAAGGUCUCAGCUUUUAUUGCAGGUCCACAGGUUGCCUGUAAAACUGCACUGUGCCAUCAAUGGAGCUGAAAUGCAGAGUCUCCUUGUGGGUGGAUUCGGUUAACUAAACGCGCUUCAAAACAUGACAGGUCAGGUCUUGGGGGAACCGGGCAGCGUCGCUUACAUGGAUGACAACGCCGACAUCCGCAUCAACGUGGGCGGCUUCAAGAAGCGUCUCCAGUCGGACACACUCUCCCGGUUCCCCGAGACGAGGCUUGCGCGUCUGCUCCACUGCCAGUCCAAAGAGUCCAUCCUGGAGCUGUGCGACGACUACGAUGAUACCGAGAAAGAGUUUUACUUCGACAGGAAUCCUGCGCUCUUUCCCUACGUGUUGAAUUUCUACAACACGGGGCGGCUGCACGUUAUGGCCGAGCUGUGCAUCUUCUCCUUCAGCCAGGAGAUCGAGUACUGGGGCAUCAACGAGUUCUUCAUUGACUCCUGCUGCAGCAGCGCCUACCACUGCAGGAAGAUGGACCAGGAUCGGGAGGACUGGGAUGACAGGAGCGAUGAGGGAAGCACCACCUCAUCCUUUGACGAGCUGUUGGAGUUUUACAACGACGCCACCAAGUUUGACAAACAGCUGCUGGGGAGCGCACGGAGACGCGUGUGGUUGAUGCUGGAUAACCCCGGCUACUCCGUGGCCAGUCGCAUCAUCAGCAUCCUCUCCAUCCUGGUGGUGCUCGGCUCCAUCGCCACUAUGUGCAUGAACAGCAUGAGUGAGUUCAGCCUUUUGGACAGUGAGGGCCAGCCCACUGAGGACCCACGCUUUGAGACUGUGGAGCACUUUGGCAUCGGUUGGUUCACUCUGGAGCUGGUUGCCAGGUUCGUGGUGGCUCCAGACCUGGUGCACUUCUUCGACCAUCCAUUAAAUGUAAUAGACCUGGUGUCCAUACUUCCGUUUUAUCUGACAUUGCUCAUAAACCUGGUGGUGGAGAGCAGCCCGGCGCUGGCCAACCUGGGACGCGUUGCGCAAGUGCUGAGGCUGAUGAGGAUUUUCCGGAUCCUGAAGUUGGCCCGUCACUCCACGGGGCUGCGCUCCCUCGGGGCCACACUCAGGAACAGCUACAAAGAAGUGGGCCUACUGCUUCUUUACCUGGCCGUCGGGGUGUCGUUUUUCUCUGUCAUGGCCUACACGGUGGAGAAAGAGGACAGCGAGGAUCUCUCCACCAUUCCGGCGUGCUGGUGGUGGGCCACCGUCAGCAUGACCACGGUGGGAUACGGAGACGUGGUGCCGGUGUCCAUAGCAGGCAAGCUGACCGCCUCGGCCUGCAUCCUGGCUGGGAUCUUAGUAGUUGUGCUUCCGAUCACGCUCAUAUUCAAUAAAUUCUCCCUCUUCUACAAGAGACAGAAGCAGCUAGAAAUCGCGAUGAGGAGCUGCGAUUUCGACGAGGGGAUAAAAGAGGUGCCCUCGGUUAACCUGAGGAACUAUUACGCACACAAAGUGAAAUCCCUCAUGGCAAGCCUGUCAAACAUGAGUCGCAGUUCUCCCAGUGAACAGAGUCUGAAUGAGUCCAUUCACUGAAACAGUCUGAAGCAGGACGCAGUGAGGAGCUGUCCAGGGUGCUGAAGCCUCUGGCGCACAAGCCCACUUCCUUCCACUGCUGUCUGAUCAUUUGCCUCUCUGUAGCUCAGUGCAAUAAUGUCUUAAUCUGUGUGUCCCUGACAAUGAGAAAGUAAGCAAAUGUACAGGACAGCCUGAAUAUGAUAUCUCACUGUGCACUCUUAUGGCCCCAUAUUAAACUAGGAUGAGAAAUCUGAACACAUCAGAUGAAAAAGACAGAGAAUGCUGUAGUUGUUUACAGUCUUAGACAGCGUCACACUGUAGUCCACCUUCAAGCUGUACUUGUUGUGAUAAAAUAUGUCUGAAGUAAUUCCAGCUGUACCUUUCUUGGAAGAAUCUUGAUGUGUAAUUGUGGUGUUGCAACGAUACUUCAGAUGUGUGGUUAAAGCAAAAUGUAUUAAACUAAAAAGUACAGAACAUA